CGGGAACGGGGUUUCCACAUUUCUGCGCAGUCGCGCGGCAGUUCCAAAACGGUUUUGGCAGAAAGCGAGGGUACACACGACCACAGAAAGUGGCGAAAGCGAGGAGUGCGAAAGAGAGAAGAGUCACUGGCUCAGCAGUCACGGAGACCGGAAAUGAGACAGAAUUCCGCGAGGUCUUCCGUCGGCGGUACCAGGUUCUCUAAGUCAACAUGGGGUCUCGCCGCCGAGUUCAAAGCAGAGCCACAGGGUACGCGAUUCGCCGUGUGCUUUUCUUAGAGCCUCUCCGGCAGCUUUCCCCAUAUUUUGGCACUCGCUUACCGCUGUCUCCGCAAGAUCUUCCCGCUCGGUCGCGAAUUGUGUCCAUUCUCCUCGCUUGAGCAGGGAAACCAGAGGAGCGGAGCUGUGCGCGCCCGCCCCGCCGAAAACCGCGCGGAGAAAACCAUGUCUGAAUCGCUCUGCAAGGAACACGAAAAAGCCGUACACGACGACGCUGUCGCUUUUGUUCGCGCGGAAGUUUGCUCGCGUUUCCUUUUUCUCUGCUCGUGCUUCCGAGGAUAGCAGUCUGCGGUGCCUGCUCUUGCUUGCCUUUCGUUUUCCGCUCUUCGUCCAUUUGUCGCGAAACGCACAGGCGCCUUCAGUCGCGCGUGUCGCACGGUUCCCUGUCGUCCGCCUCGCUGGAUGAAUGCGUACUGUUCCGUUUCAACGCAAUCCAGCUACAUGUGCGUCGGGUGCCAGCGUCACAGUUGGGCAUGGAGUGAGUGUUUUCUCGUCACUUUUCGGACGGUCUCUUCGUUCUACGGGCGGGAUCGAAACCUGGAUUUGUCCCGAGUUUUCUCGCGCCUUUCCGUCGCUCGGGACUCGCGGUCUUCGUUGGUCGACACACCAACUGCGGCGGUUCGUCUUGCCGCGACUCCUGGCGGCGACACGAAAGUCCAGACAAGGCCAGACAAGCAGGAGUCGACUUGUGGACGGUUUCUCCCUGAAAAAAGGGGAACCGGGCGAAAACUCUCGGCUUUUCUGGGGGACGACCACGCCAUCGCGGGUCACGCGUGGAGAGGUCACAGCUUUUCCUCCCCCGUGGCGACUUUGUGGCCACGAAGCUUGUGAGAGACUCGUCUCUGUUUUCCGCAACCACCGAUCCCCGACACCGCGAUUUUGUACAGGCACUCGACCUGCACAGACUGCACUCUACAGGGAAGUCCACAAUUUAAAUUUUUGGCUCAUCUAUACGCCUUUUGCCGUGCUAGGUCGCACACCGUCUGCCUACCGCCAGUCGUGCCGAAAGAAAUGCACACCCUUCCGCGUUCGGUCUUCUCCGUGGCUGACUGCUCGAAUGCUCAUCUCGAGAGGCACCUGACCGCCUUCAUUCGUUUUAAAGAGGGCGCCUCAGAGGACCUGGCGCCGGCACACGCGGAAGGCACAGCCGAACGGAGUUGCUUUUUCGCCAUCGUAUUUUGCGCCCCUCUCUGCCUUUCCGAGCAAGUGCAGCCCUCGUGUAGCAAAUCGGCGACGCCAUUGCCCCUUGGAGCACAGAAGAGAAUCUGGGGACUGGUGGUCGCGAAACACAUACCACGUCUCCACAAGCAGGCGUAGGCGGGUGUGUAGAUGUGCAGAUCGACAUGCACAGACGAGGACCGGAAAGAGGCAGAGGGGAGGAGACACUUGCGGUGGGAAGACAGCAGAAAAGAGAGCGGUGCACCGCAAAAAGCAGACGAGUCUGGAGAAGAGGAGGGCGGAAGAAUAACGUGCUGACAUUCCAGAGAAGGUCGGGACACCGAGCAGGAAACGCUCUCCUGCGCAAGGACCCGCCGGAGCAAUCAAUCGAAUGGACGUCGAGCCUCAUGCUUUCCAGAGAGAGAGCAGAAGGCGCGUGGUCCGCGUUUCUGGCUCUUGAUGCCUGCUGCGAGUUUUCCGGGGACCCGACAGCGACCGCAAUCUUGGGGGGGGGAAGCAGAGGCACUGUCAUCGCGGCUCGUGAAUCAGAGAAUAUUCGAGCCGACGAGGGGACGUCGGGGGGAAAGGGAAACAGAGGGCCGGGGAAGGCAUGUUUGAGCCGAACGGACACCAUGUCUCUGGCCUCUCCAGAAGCUGUACAUGUUGAGGCGUCGGCGACUACGCGUCCCUCGCCCCGCAGUUCGUUUCUGUCUCGCCUCUCUGUCUCCACAGAAGAGACGCAUGCACUCACUGCGGGCUUGUCUCUGGAAACGGCGCUGUCUCCUGCAGAAGCGGAGAAGACUCGGACGCCGUCGUCAGGUUCUGGACGCUCCUCCAGCGACUCGGAAGCCAGCUGCAAUCCCUCGCCGGCGCCUCUAGAGGAGAGACAGACACAGGAAAAGAAAGGGCCAAAGGGAGAACAAGAGACUAAGGCAAAGAAAGAAACGAAGGAAGCUUGGACGUCCGAGCUGGGGGUCUCUUCUGCAGAGAGAGAGACUUCAGCGAUGGCUGUGGCGUCGAGCGGGAAGAGAGAGAAGUCUGUCGACGGGACUGGGGAGAGCGACGGCCGAGGCUUUUUGUCUCCGGAAGAUGCGGAGACUUCGGCUUGCCCAGCGAGCGACAGAGACUUGGAAAGCACGUCCGGAGAGUUGUUUGUUGAGGGAGACAAGGGAGACGCUUUGUCUGGGGUUGCCUCCAAGAAGGAUCAUGCAUGGGCGACCGAAGCCGACGCAGAGCACAUCGAGGAGGACGGAGAAGUAGAAAGAGGAGGAGAGAAAGAACGCGCAUUUGUGGCGUGUGAGAACUCUGUGUGGGGCUCUACGGAGCCGACGAUGGAAGACGGAAAGACACACGAGGAGACAGAAGAGGAGACGAAGCAGACAGAAGAGGAGACAAAGGAGACACACACGGGGACGACGGAAACACAGGAGGAGACGACGGAGACGACAGAGGAGGCGAGGAAAGAAGGAGCGAAGGAACGAUGCAGGGGAGAGAAGACAGGUGAACACAAGGGACGCUCGGCGUCACAAGGAAAGGGGAGGAGAGACGCGGAAGGCGACCCGGAAGGAUCGGCGCGACAUGAAGGAGAGAAGACGGCGCCGGCUAGGACAGUUGGAGACGGUGAAGUCAAGUACAGAGAGGAAGACACACGCUUCAAUGAAAAGGAAGGGCAGAAGCAGCCGGAGAAAGCUGGCGCACCCCGCGAGGCGGUGGAAGUUGUCGCUUUGUCUUCCGUUUCUUCGUUCUCCAGCACGCCAACUCACGAAGGAGAAGCAGAAGAUAGCGGCUACAAGCGACAGGAGAGUCUGGAAGUCUCCGCUUUAGGUGAUGAGCCACGAAAGAAGAAUCGAGGUGGAGAAGUAAGGAACUCAAGUGGCGAUCGUGCAUGUACGCAGCUCGCGGACACCGUCACUGGCGAGCGCAGCGCUGCAGCCGAAGCCGCUUCACCUAGCAUUCGCGGAGAAAAGGAGGAGACAGUGUGCCCCUCAGGCGCGGAGCCAACGAGUGCGAAAGAUCACAAGACAACAAGCGACGAAGACAGAGAGACAGGGGCCUCUGCCCCCGCAGCAAGAACGCCCCGAGCCCAAGUCGAGAGAGAGAAACCUACACUUGAUGAACACGGCGAAGCUUCCGGAAACGGCCAGUCAUAUUCAGUUUGGGCUCUUCUGGGCUUCCGCGGCGACGUUUCGCGCCCGAGAGGCGGCAAAUCUGUUCCGCAGCAACCAGGCAACGUCACCAAGGCAACGACUGAAUGGCAGUCCGGCGCAGAAGGUGACCCCCCAGUGUCAACAUUUGUGGGGCCGUCGAAGGGCACUGAAGCCCCGCCAACGGCAGCACCUUCCUCAAAUCCCACAGCUGCUGUCUUCUCGGCUUCUCGGACUUCUGUCGACCACGCCGCCCUGCAGUUUCUGACUGUCCCCCGAGUCUCCUUCCGGACCGCCUUCGCGGGCCAGCUCCCCCACCAGCACCGGCAAGGAGGUGGAAGGUCGUUUGAGGCCAGAGACGCGGGCAGUGGAGGCACGGCGAGCAGCGCGUCCUUCGGGACUCACUGGGCCGCCUUGCCAGGCUUCGGAGCCUCUCACGACUCUGGAAGGUCGAGCGCGAGUGCGAGCCCAGAGGGGGGAAACCGACGCCAGACCUUCAGCCCACGCCCCCACGCCGCGUGCUCCGCUGGCCGCUCGCCCACUUUCGUUCUCCCUCUGACGCGCGACGCUCAGGCCUUCCCGGCGCAAGCUGGCCUGGGCAGCGAAAAGAGCGGCGGGAAGCGGGGACGCGGCGAGGGGGCGAGACCCGUUGGUGGGGCUGGGGAGACUCGCGAACGGGCCGGAUCUGAAGACAGGGCGCUCGGGAGUUCGCAUGCAAAUGCGGCGCUGUAUCGAGAGAGAGACGGCGGAAGAGGCACGCAGGGACAGCGAAGGAGCAGCACCUGCAGGGGAGAUCGCGCGAGUCCACGGUCGAGUGGCGAAGCGAUGGACUCCUCGGGGGGACCUCAGGAAAAAGGCCUUGGUUCGGGGCGCGGGCGGUGGACAGGGACGGGAGCUGCGGCCCGAAGUUGCUCGAGAAACGAUGAAAAAAACUCGGCAGCACACUUGAGAGACACCGUGGAAUGUGCAAUCGCCCGGGAGGGUGGUGUGCUGCCUUCAUCGUCAGGUUGUCUCUCCGGGAGAAAGCGUGGAGCUGGGGCGAGAAGCGCGGCCGCGGGGGUCGCGCUAGCUGAUGUGCAUCGGCCCGGAGACUCGCCGGAAGGCGUGCGAGGCGCCAGCCUCCUCGGGGCCAUUCCAGGGCGAGGGCCGCGAGCCGGGAAGACCAGGGGAAGAAGCGAGAGCUUUGCCGAUCCUUCGCUUCAAGCGCCGCUGCUGCCGGUGGCACCGCAGAAGCAGAGCUUGUCCGCACACAAAGGCGACGUCCCCAACGCUGAGGCGCGGAACAGGCACGGCGCCGCUUCGGAGACAGGGCCGCAAACCGGAGACAGUCAACGGACUCGGCGAGGGAGCCUCUGUGGGGCGAGCGGAAGGGCCGCGAGUACGGUUGCACCCGUAGAGUGCGGGGGGCGAGAGGUGAAGGUGAGCAUGCACAGCACUGAAGGCAGGGAGGAUCCGAAGAGCCAGCUGGCAGAGGCGCCGCUUCUGGCGCGGCAGGUGAAUGCCCCGCGAGAGGACGCUGGGGUGCAUGCCGCCGCGGGCCAGAAAAAAACGAAGGGCGGAGUCCAGGGAGAGGAGGAACUAGGCCAGGGAGCAGGCAGCUCGAAGAGUGCAUUGGGAAAGACGGGGGCUCAGAAAGAAGGUGACGCCAAAACGCGGAAGGGCGAGCGCGAGCGGCGCUCGCCGCCGCAGGGAUUCGGGAGAACCGGCGAGGUUGCGGAGGAGAGAGACAAAGACGAAAGAGACGAAGCGUCAAAAAAGGGGAAGGAGCACGAGAAGACACGAGAGAGUCUCGCUUCCGCUCCUCCCGCGGGGUCCACAGACGGCAGUGGCGAUGAUCAGAGGCCAGAAGAGAGCUCUGCGGCGGAGACGUCCCGGGCGUCCGGCAAGGAGGCUGUUCCUGGCGACAAGAAAAAAGGCUCUGCAAAGUCUAAAGUCAAUGGGAGUGCGCCUGUGGCCCGCUCGACUGCGAUUUUUGAUGAGAGAAGAAGCAACUCCAGUGCUGGAAAGGACGGAAAGAAGGAGGGGCGGAAGAAGGCGUCUCUCGCGUCUGCGGCAUCUGCGAGCAAACCAGUGGCUGCCUCCGCUCAGAUGGAAAAGUCUGAUUCUUCGCAGACAACUGGGGCGCCAGGGGAUCGAAAAUGCGCUGCUCUCUCGACUUCUGCAACGGCUUCAGAGUCGCUGAAAACGGCAGCGACAGGUGCCUCCAGGAGAGCUGGAGCGACAGGCAAGCGAGGGAUGGUGAAGGCUGAAGUGAAGCCCACCUUCACACGCGGCGACGACCAGGCCGUAGACCGGACAGGAAGUCUUCGUUUUCGCCGGAGGAGUCGCACAGACAGCGCCGGCCCCUGCAUGCACGGCGCACUGGCGACCAAUGGGGAGACCCACGGGUCCGGAGUGCUGCUGCCUGGCUCAGGCGUCAUCGGAGGCCGCGAGACUGCUUCGCCUAUGUGUGCCUCGCGGCUUGCACUCUUGCCUGGACUCCAGCCCGGCGCGGCUUGUAGACGGAGAGGAGAGAGAGACGUCUGGGACUUGCCGACAGGGAAGCCGGAGAGCGAGACCGCGUGCGAGGCCGGCACCUUCUUCACUUUAGGAGACAUCCGUCAGGCGGAGCGGGAGAUCGAGGGCGGGAACAUGUCCCUGAGGCAAUUUGUGGCGGAAAAGAAGGAGAAGACUCGCAGAGAGGAGGAAGAGCGACGACAGCGCGAGUCCGUCGAGGGAGACGGGAGAGACCGGGACGCGAACGGCGAGGAAAACGCUGCAUGCAAAAAGCCCCGCGCCGAGUGGAGUGGGAAGGGAGCAGCAGAAGGCAAGUUUGAGAAACGAAAUGCAGCACAGGGACUUGGCCCAGACAAAUCCACCAUCGCCGUUGGACUCGGGGGUGUGGCUCUUCAACAAGACGUCGAAGAAGAGUUCUCAGUCUUCGAGUGCGAGGACCCAAACGUCGUGGUUUUGCCGCCACAGCCGUCUGCACAUGCCUUUCUUGCUUCUGGCCUUCGGGCAGCUGCAUCUCCAGCACCGUUGGCUCUCCGAGGGAGUAUAUCUCCGCAGCAGGCAGACCUUCGCGCAGAAGACCGAAGCGACAAGAUGCCACACGGCUUCGAGCGACCUGCGACGUUUCCGGCUCGACGCGCACAAGCCCCCAGGACCAAGAGUACCGCUACAAGCCGCGAUCCACCGGCCGGCUUCUUCCGGAUUGCCUUCGGAGGCACUCCAACGGGCGCCUCAGGCUACGCCCACAGCCCCACUCCCGCAGCCCUGCAAAAAAGCUGCCCUGGGGUGGGUGCCCAGGACGGCCUCGUCCCGCAAGGCCAUCCGUUCGGCGGGGCGCCGGACAAGCUCCUCUUCCCGCCACAGAAAGCUCCCAUGGAUGAAGCUGCUGGCCGUGCUGCCGGGCGCAAGCUGAUGGCUCUCCUCGGAGUGAAAGCUUCUUCUCUGCCCACCGCAAGUGCCUCAGUGGGGCAUCCGACGCCAGUGGUCUCGCAGCCUCGUCCACCGACGCCACAGCGCCUUGGGGGCCUUCCGCUCCCCGGUUCGGGGGCUCUUUCGUUCAGAAGUCUCUUAGCCGCAGUCGAGGCGCAACAGGCGCAGCGGAGACAUGCGCAGGUCCCCAGAGAGGACGUCCAGGUGGCGCGAGAGAAGUCCGAACUCCUCGCUGAGCUGGGCCGAGCAGCCGUGGGUUCCUUCCCAACCAGGCCGACCGCCGCCCCCGGCUCGGCGCCCGCAGUAGGGGCGGAGGGGUCACCGUCGCUGGCGUUUCGCGGCGCGGCGUCUGCAUCGGUUCCUGACUAUUCGUCUGCCUGCCCGCCGCAUGUGGGUCACCGCCCGCCAUCCGCAGGUUUUCACGAUGCCCUCUUCUCGCCUUCUGCUUCGAGUCGCGCCUGUCAGAGGCCGCCUCUCGGACCACCUUCGACGCAGCCGUUCGAGGGAGAGAACACAGGCCCUCGAGCCUUUCCACAGGGCCAGGGGGUCGCCCUGUUUCCCCACAACUUAUUCGCCCACGCGACGCCUCGCCCUGCUGCCGCGGACCUCCUCAGCUUCCCUGGCAGGGACGCAGACGCUGCUCAUGUGCUCACACGGUGGAUAGGACGAGGUGCAGCAAGGCCUCCUGAGGGCAGCGCUGCCAUGCAGAGAGAGCCUCGCGAACCGGCGAAAACUGCGCGUCGCGGUCUGCCAGAGAGAGAAGCGAAGGAAGAACACACAAGAGGAUUACAGCGCGGCAGCGAAGGACGCGAGGAUGUCCGGUCCUUCGCCUCUUUCGGCCACCAGCCAGAAGGCGUUUCCUCUCCGCAGCUCGCUGCAGCCUUGGCACUCCUCGCGAAUGCGUCAGCAGCGAACGAGUCGGCUGCAGGGAGAAAGCGAGAAGAACCGGGAAGCGACAGUGGAGACCGCGGGCGCACCCCACACGCUGAGGCAACUCCUGAGGCCGCUCUCAUAACGGCCCUGCGGGCAGUCAUUCAAACCAGCAGGCAGCAGCCGAGUGCUUAAGCACGCUCGAUCUGGUCUACCUUCACAUGAAGUCUCACAGUUACAUAGCAUGUAUACAUCGAAACAAAUGUAAACAUGUGUACAUGUAUGUGUAUGUAGUCGUCUGGAUUGGGGUGGGCGUGGGCGCAUGGUGAUAUCGCAGCGAGAGAAAUGGACGUCCAACGCUGUUUGGAUUGCGCGAGGCCCAGUAACGCCUUCACUGGGAGGACGAGACAGGUUCGGUGUGCGUCCUCACCUGCGCUGGUGCGAGUACGGCGCCGACCAAACGCAUUGACGAGGAAGACAGUGUAUGAAAACAUUGGACCGGCCGGAACGGCAGACGAGCUGCAUGGAAUAGAUCGGGUGCGUCUGAACCGCGGCGACCAGUGUUUUUAUGUCUGUGUCUGGAGAUCCGAUGGGGCAGUUUGAGAAGCACGUUGUACGCAUGUGGACCUUCUUUCUACAGCCUCGAGGCCUGUUUUGUGGCGGAACGCAUGCGGCCCGUCGGCUCGCGAGCGCCGCCCGCGAAGGGAAGCCUCCUCUGUCUUCCGCGAGUUUGCGACAAGAGACCGAUCUGCGACAGGGAGAACGAGCGGACCGACGGUGGGCAGGAAAAGAAAAAUGUAGAAAAAGAAGGAUACCCCAGCGUGGAAAGAGCAGAAAGACUGGGUCAGGAAGGGACAAGGAAUCUGGGAGAGGAACGAGAGGAUUUAUACAGAGGCACGUGACGGAUCUCGCUCUCUCGAGCCUCGCAGUGGUGCGCGCUUCAUCUGUUUCGUGUCUCCGUCAAGAAUCUCAGGUCUCUGAUUUUUUUACGGUGCGUUUUCGACAGCAGCUCUGCGGCGGAACCCCCAGAGAAAUCCUCGGCCGAAAGCGAGAACCGAUUCGAGUACGGCUGGCGCGAGCAAGGCAGAUGCGCGUGUGUUUGUGUCUUCGUGUUUGCGUUCUCCGUUUUUUCCUUCUUCAUGUUUCGCCAUCGUUCUUUCGAGGGCUGUAUCCGACUCCUGAAUCACGCGCCGGUGUGCGCGUUUGCGUCACAGUGCGUAAAUCUCGUUCUUCAGGGGCCGUUCCGUGAAACCGCCGGAUUCGCGAGUUGUCUGUUAGGCGUCAGUUGGUCUCCGCAUAAUUCUGGAUUUUUAUAAAACAGUCAGACGUAAGAAAUGGGGGGCGGUUCCCUUUUACAGUGAGACGCGCGUCGUCUGGCCCGCGCGCUGGCGCUGCUGUUCCGAGCCCCGUGGUGCACCCUGGCGAUGAGAAUUGCGGGAGAGGAAAGAAUACACUCUUUCGCGACCUCUGAAACACAGGAUCCAACGUCACAGCGAGGCGGGGACGGGGAAUGGGGAGCAAUGUGAAGUCGAGCUCUACCGGACGCGUGGAGUCCACACUGGCUUCCAUGGCGCGUGUGGCGCAAGUCCGCACAAGAUCUUUGCAGAGGCGGAGCUUCCGUGGGCCGAUCAUCUUCGAUACACGUCGGCUUUUAGGCUCGUCGCAUCCCCUUCGUUCUGUUAUCUCUACACAACGGCGCUUGACGUCAGUCGCCGAAGGCUGUGUCGCGUUCGAAAGAAUGUUUUUGUUUAGAGUUUCUACAUCCGCAACCGUGUGUACAUGUACAGCUGCACCUACAAACUCAAAUCUAUGCUGAGACGUAAACCCGUACCCAUGUAUCCAUAUGUAUGAAUGCAUCAUAUGCGUGCGUGUGUGUGUGGUAUUUACAUUUCGGGAGUCUGUCUCUGAAAUAUGGUUUCACGUGGAAAGAAGAGCAGCGGCUGGCCACCCGGCGUUGGCGCUGCAUGCACUUCGGGAACCAGGGUCUAGGUAAAGAUGCCCGUUUGUGUCGCCUCCUUUCUGUCUCUCGCUCUCUUCGCUUCCAGUCCGACGCUCGAUGAGUGCGCAAGCAAGGGAUACAUUUUGUGCGCUUCGAGUUGCCACAGCCUGCCUGCUGCUGUACGCCACAUACACAUGCGUCGCUUCGAGCGGCAGAGCCGCGUACCUGGAGGCUCGCGCAUGCGCGAAUCCUGUCGCCCUCUGCAUUGCAUACGGCGACAGGAGACAUGUACACGCAACUACGGCGUUUUCUAUUGUAUGCGUUGAGACUUCGCCGGGUGCCUACAUGUGGACCGUGAGUGCGAAAUCCUUUGUCAGUAAAGAUAACAGCGGAAGAGAACCGCACCCGAAAAGCGAAAAGACAAGCAGAGUUUGAGGAACGGAAUUUGCAAACAAACGAGCGUCCGGAAGAGGGUCGCUGUAAAGAGCCUUGUGGGUUGUGCCUCUCAGGAAGACCUGAGGAACGUGCAUGCAGAGUAUAUCUUAGCCUUUCUGCUUCGGAACGGCAGCGAAGGAAAAGGGGUCGAAGCGCUCGAAAAUUGUGAAGAAAAGGCGAAAGCGAGAGCCCCGCCGUUGUUCGGCUCGCGUCACGCUUUCGUUCUGCGCGAAGUGCGUCACCCUACGUUGGGGAGUUCCAGAAAAAAGCGAACUUGUUCGUCUUCCGUGCAUUCUCAACGGGAAUCGUUUUGGCCCUCGCCUUUGCUGCACCGCCUGCUUACCGCCGCGUCCCUCUCAUUCGAUCUACAUUUAUACAUAUACUCAAGUACGUGGAUCGGAUGUCUACAUUCAUCUGUUUAAGUAGCAACACACGUUGAAUGUCUGUGUAUGUACAUGCAUUUAUGUACAUACGUUGGAUACGUGUAACGGGGUGAGAGAAGUCUCUCUCUGGACCCUGUAUGUUUGAUCAGGCGCAUUGCGAUUCACAAGGUUUUGUAGUUUAGGGCGUUCUGAAAGCAGCAAAUGCACAGUCGCAGCUUCUCCGGGAGACUGCGAACAAUGACACAAUAGUGGGAUCUCCAGCGUGUGGGGGUUAGUGUGAAUUCUACCGCGUGUCUGGUCCGAUUGGUUGAUGCCUAUCGCGUCUGUCUCUGUUUCUCCGGCGGUCGGUAGCCCAGGUCAUGGGAGGCUGACGGUUUCCUCUCUCAAGCCAAGGCAUAGUUGCAGGUCGGCCACGAAACGUCUCGACGUUUCCUGUUUCCUCAGAAAGGCGCUUCCGGAUGUGCGCGGAAGCUCGGGAAAACGUUUGCCUUUCUUAAAAAGGGAUUUAACGAUGAACCCCCCGCACCUGCGUGGAGACUUGGGAGCAAGAGGGCGAAGCCCGCAUCGAUUAUUGGGGAGACCCGCUGUCGCUGUGGAAACGCUUAGAGAGAGAACGCCCGUCUUGGCGGAUGGACAGAAAGAUGUGAAACGGCGAGUGUGUGCGAACACCGAGUCUUCGUUUCCUCCAGUUCGUCUGGGUCAUGAUGCCAAAAAUAAUGGUUCUCUUUGUGAAACGCGCGCCGGUGGUAACAACUCGACGUAAGCCGAAGUUCACGCAAACAAGGAGGCGUGCGCGUUGCCGUGAUUUCUGUCUUCUAAGAGCCGAGUGUCUCGGUAGACUUUGGACAAAAGUGGAGAAAUCGAAGUCGCAGAAAUGUCCGCAAACACCAAGCGCCGGCCUCCCCCACCAUCCCGACAUAAAAACGACUUCUUACUGCCACACGG